AUGGGGGACGACUACAACAUAGCGAUUUUCGAUGACGAUGACGGUGACGAUAACGGUGAUGAUGACGAGGAUCUCAAUGAUACACGCGAUAUUUCUACACAGGCAGCAGGUCGGCGACUCUGCAAUGAACAGGAAGCCAACUCCGCAAUGUUGCAAGAACAAUAUCCACAACUCGAAAAUGAAGAAGCGUAUCAUGGCAAUGCAACGGAUUCGCCAUUAAUUGAAGAUAUCUGCGAAGGCGAGAAUGUUGUCGAUGAAGACCCUUCUGAAGAGGAGCACAACUUUCUCCAUGCUGAGCGUCUGAGUAACCAUGAACAAUCAGAUGCCUCAAACACCUAUAAAUCGCUUCAGAGUAUUGCCCGGCUCCAAGACCCCGAAGGAGAAUUUGCAGACGAGAUCCCAAACAUCAUUUCGAGCGAUCCUUUCAUGCCAGCACAAUACAUUGAUGGAAAUCGGCACUUGCGAGAGAUCUUUACAGGCAUUCCCAAGCCCAAUUCCGACAACGAUACUCCUUUACCCCACAACUUGUGUCUCUCUGAGAAUAGUUGCAGUCGACUACAGCGUCCUACUCAAGUCACCUUUGACAUCGACAGUUUCUGCGCAUAUACGUCUAGCUUAGCUGUCGCUAAGUCAGGAAUUGAGUAG